CUCUUUUCAUCCUUCUUUUUAUUUGAAAGUGCAUUAUUUGACAUAGUACUUCUUUCUUAUUUUGGAUUUGUGUAUCUAUAUAAAUAUAUCAAGAUGAUCAGUGGUUGGAUAUUAUUCGCAUACUUUUUAAGUGUACAAUGUCAACAGACUUCAAUAACAUACAACCAACCCACAAAUAAAGUGAUUACAGCGGGUAAAUAUCAUUGUAGCUUCAAAAACCCAUCAUGUUUAACUUCUACACUAUCAGAAGCGUGUGGUUUAAAUGGAAAUACAGAUACUAUUUGUUCGCCAAAACCAGAAGAUCUCUGGAAAAAUGGCACCUGGUAUCCCAUCACUUGGAACCCAAUGUAUCCUUCUUAUGUUGCAUCUCCUACAUUAGAUAUUUACAUUUAUUUUAUUCGAAAUUACCAAAACAUACUGGUGAAAAAGAUAACCAACAUCAAUACUUCAAAGGGAACUGUGCCUGUACUUGUGGACAAUUCAUGGCGACUCGAUUCUUCUGCUCACACUUAUAAUACCAUGAUUUAUAUUUUACCAAGUGAAUUGGAUCCAGAUAAGGAAUUGGAAAAUAGAUUUUCAUCGGAUUAUCCACCACCUGUUUACAACCGGGUAGAGCAAUUAGCUUUAGUGCCUAUCUUAGCAUCACUUUCUAUCACAAGCACAUCUCAAUCUUUAUCCUCUUUCACUACAACUGUUAGCUCUACAUUGUCCAAUUCGAGACCUAUAUCCAUAUCCACACCAUCACCUACAAGCUCAGAUAGUAAACAAACAUCAGACAGACAACAACAACAACAACAACAACAACAACAA